GGACUUAAGUUUAAUGACACACACACCGCAAUUAUUUGUUAUUUUUAUUUUCAUUUCAUUAUAAUAAUAUUAUCCUUUUGGUAUAUGACAUUUAUUCCCAUAUACUUAAAAUAUUGUUAGUUAUUCACUAAAAACAUAAACUAACUUACAAACAAAACAGUUUAUGAACAAAAUCGAUAUCUAUUUACCGUUUAUUAAAUAUUUUGUAAAUAACCUCGGAUUCUUAAAAUGUCUAAAUGUGAAACAAUACCAUCAUUAACAGUAGAUAUCGCUAAAGAUAUUUUGAACAAAACUCUAGAAGAAUUGCAAGUUCCAGAAAAUGUACAAAAAUUGGAGGAGGCUAGAGACAAUGUUGGCAAUGAAAUGUUAAAAAUGAUGCAGUUCUUAUUUCCCAUUGUAAUGCAGAUUCAGAUGGAAAUAAUAAAACAGUUUGGCUAUCCAGAUGGAAGAGAAGGUAUAAUCAAAUUUUCUCAAAUGUUGAGGGCUCUAGAACGAGAAGAUUCAGAAAUAGCCAGGUUAAAUGGUUUAGUUAAGUCAUAUUAUCUUCCUCCAGUGACUGUUCACACAACCAAUGAAUCACCAGCUGAAGAAAGAGUUAGCAGUAGUUAGAUAGGGUAUAGACAAUUUUAUUUAUACAAUUUUAUAUAUUAUUAAACAAUUAUAUUUGGCAGUAUGUAAUAACAAUAGAAAAUUCCAUACUUUUCUGUUUAUGCACCUUACCUUUGAUAACUAUUAUGUGCAUUCAUUGCUAUUAUGUACUACCUUAAAAAAGACAGUAAUUAAAAGUUUGUAUCUAUUUUUAAACUCU